CUUGCGUCCGGAGUCAAGUCCGGCGGGAGCGAGCCGGCCUCGCCCACGGCUGCUACACCCCGAGGCCUCUCGAGGGAUCCCCACAGCCGGGGACCUCGAGCCCCACUCUCCGAGGCGCUCCUGCGGACUCUGCCAUUCCGGGCGGAAUCCAGUCCGACCCCCAGACCCUCGCCGGGUUUCCGUCUCUCCUGCUCCGGGGCGGGGCGGGGGGUGGCCUCGGCCGGAGCCCGCGGGCGCCGAGGCUCCUGUACGCGGCACGCAGCGACCCCCGCGAGCGCCGCGAUCGGUUCCCGCCACCCGCGGGAGUCAUCAGCCGCGGGCGCAGCCGCCGGCGCUGGAGAAAGUGGCCCGACACAGAAGGGGCGUUGCCUUCGGGUCACCCAGAGGACGCCGUGCAGGGAAUUCCUGCGGCGGGAGUCAGGGGAGGUGGCAGAGUCGGGGCAGGGGGAGGCUGGACUGGACAUUGAAGAGGAAGUGCCCGCUUAACGGGUGCCCUGGAGGCCCGGCUCCUCCCCACUCCUCCCGGCCCAUACCCCCUGCCCGGGGACGCAGUAGAGGCUUACCCCUCACCGCCGCCGGACGCCCCUCGGGUCCCAUCCCAGCAAAGCAGGCGCCGCGGCCGGGCCAAAGAGGUAGGAGGGAGCUGGCGCCCGGAUAGAGGGGCCCGGCACCGUGCGCGCCCCCAGCCACCUUCCUGCGCUGUCCCGAGAUGUCAGGAGCGAUCUUCGCGCCCCCGGAAGGCCCGAGCGCCCUGGACACCACGAGCGGCCACCCGCUCGUGUGCCCGCUGUGCCACGCACAGUACGAGCGCCCGUGCCUGCUGGACUGCUUCCACGACUUCUGCGCCAGCUGCCUGCGCGGCCGCGCCACCGACGGCCGCCUCGCCUGCCCGCUGUGCCAACACCAGACAGUGGUGAAGGGCCCCAGCGGGCUCCCUCCCGUGGACCGGCUGUUGCAGUUCCUGGUGGACAGCUCCGCGGACAGCGCGGAGGCGGUGCGCUGCGCCAACUGCGACCUGGAGUGCAGCAAGCAGGACGCGGAGACCACGUACUUCUGCAACACGUGCGGGCAGCCGCUGUGCUCGCGCUGCCGCGACGAGACGCACCGGGCGCGCAUGUUCGCGCGCCACGACAUCGUGGCUCUGGGACAGCGCAGUCGCGACGUGCUCCAGAAGUGCCCGCUGCACGCGGAGCCCUACAUUAUGUUCUCCACCGACAAGAAGUCGCUGCUGUGCAUCCGCUGCUUCCGGGACAUGCAGGGGGAUAGUCGGGCGCACUGCGUGGACCUCGAAUCUGCCUACGUGCAGGGCUGUGAACGACUGGAGCAGGCUGUGCUGGCCGUGAAGGCCUUGCAGACGUCCACGCGGGAGGCCAUCGCGCUGCUGCAGGCCAUGGUGGAGGAGGUGCGGCGCAGCGCGGUGGAGGAGGAGGCCGCCAUCCACGCCCUGUUCGGCAGUAUGCAGGAGAAACUGGCUGAUAGAAAAGCGCUGCUGCUGCAGGCUGUGCAGAGCCAGUAUGAAGAGAAGGACAAAGCCUUCAAGGAGCAGCUUUCCCACUUGGCCACUCUGCUGCCCACCCUGCAGGUUCACCUGGUCAUCUGCUCAUCCUUCCUCAGCCUGGCUAACAAGGCCGAGUUCCUGGACCUGGGCUAUGAGCUGAUGGCGAGGCUGCAGGGCGUCGUCACGCGGCCGCAUCGCCUGAGGCCGGCGCAGAGCAGCAAGAUCGCCAGCGACCACCGCGCAGAGUUCGCACGCUGCCUGGAGCCGCUGCUGGGGCUGGGGCCGCGCCGGGCGGCGGCCGUCGGGGGCGGCGCCGGCACGCUGGCUGGGGGCUCAGGCCCCAAGGUGCUGAUGGCUCCCAGCUGCCCCUCUCCAGGGGGCAAGAUGUUGGGGUCGCCUGUCCAAAAGCCCACGCUGCACCGGUCCAGCAGCACUAAGGCCCUGCUGGCCGAGGGCGAGGACACACCCUUCUCUGAGCACUGUCGCCACUAUGAGGACUCCUACCGGAGCCUGCAGGCCGAGAUGCAGAGCUUGAAGGACCAGAUGCAGGCCUUGCACCGCGACCUCACCAAGCACCACUCGCUCAUCAAGGCUGAGGUUAUGGAUGACAUCCUCCACGCGUCUUUGCAGGUGGACGCGCAGAUCGCCUCCGAGUACACCUCCGUGGAGUCCCGAAGAACCUUCUUCCAGGAGAUUUGGGAGGAAUCCUAUCAGCGAGUGGCUAAGGAGCAGGAGAUUUAUGAAGAUGGCGCCAGGCUUGAUGGGAAGAGGCUGAAGGUGACAAGACCUAACCCUCCACCUUGGCCCCCAGCCCAGCUCCAUGACCUUCUCCAGCUGAGACAGGAGAAUGCCUACCUGAGCACCAUCGCCAGGCAGAUCAUGCCCUACAUCCACUCCAUUGCCAAGGUGAAGGAGCAGCUGGAGCCCAGGUUUCAAACACCUGCUGAUGAACAGUCAGAGAAUCUACAGAACAUGUAUGACGAUGGCAUGAACGGUGAAACCCAGGCCAGGAAUGACCCAGCAGGUGUCCCAGAAAAGAGAGAGAAGACAUCGGAGCCGAAAGGAAACAGCUGGACUCUGACCAGCCUCACAGAAGAGCCACUGCCGAAAAGCAGGGAUCAUCACAGACCCAAACAGAAAAACGGGGGUGCUGGACCCGCGCGGAAGGAGCACCCAACUUAACAGACAGGCCCAGUCCCAAGUGGGCGGGGCACCUUAGGACACACACACACCUGGGCCAGGGUGUGUAAGAAAGGUUUCCUUCCUGUUGUGGUUAUUUCUUUAAAGGGUAAUCGUUUAUCAACAGGAAAGCCCAGAAACUCUCUGGCAGAUGGUAAUUCUGGAUCCCCUGGCUAGGCCUGGCCUUUUCCUCUGUCCAUGUGCCAAUGAUGUCUGGUCCUGAUCGUGGUGACCUGGGGACCAUCCUACCCACUCCAAAAGGAAAACGCUAAAUAAUGAACAGCCAGCCUUAAACAGAGGGUGUUUUCUAAAAUCA